UUAUAAAAGCAGAACUCUGAACACUUCCGUUGCCAUUUCGUUAAACAGAUUUUCGAAGUGGUUUGUAAGGUUUAUUGACCGUUGGAAAAGAAAAGACUUGCUUUCGUUUGACAGUUUUAUUAUCAACUGUACAUAAUUGUACGAAGGGAUUGGUAAUCCAACCUUUCCUGAAGCUCGUAUUCUUUAUUGGAUCGUGAGCCCGGUGAGGCGAUGGACGAGAUGGAUGAUAUAUCACCAGGUCAACCAACGAUAUUGAUGAGAAUUACAAAAGUACUAGUUGACUAUGCAAAAAACAAGGCAUGGGAGAUGAGGGGUGAUUUGGAAAGGAUGGAGAAAAAUUUCGUGCUGGAUGAAUUGAUCAUGAAGAAGAUUAAGAAGUUGAAGAUGGAGGUAACAAAGAAACUGGAGCAGAAUUGUUUGUGUUUCUUUUCAUGGAGAAGAAACAUGGGUUGGAAGAGGAUUGAUGAAUUGGAGAAGAAGAUGUUGGAUAACUUGGAUUUGGAGCAGGAGUCAGAUAAACUGAUGAUGGAAGAGAUUAAGAUGUUGAAAAUGGAGGUGGUGAGGUACCUGAUGAAUAACCUGGAUUGUAAGCCUUUCUUUCUAUUGAUGUCAAAUAAACUGGGAUUUGAUGCAAUGGAUAAAUUGAAGGAGAUGGAGAAGAUGUUGGAUUUGCUGCAGAAGUCUGAUAAACUGAUGAUGGAGGAGAUUAAGAUGUUGAAAAUAAAGGUGAUGAAGGAACUGGUGAAGAACAUGGAUUAUUUCUCAUUGUCAACAAACGACCUAUUCCACGCAAUGGAUGAAUUGAAGACGAUGGAGAAGAUGUUGGAUUUGGAGCAGGAAUCGGAUAAACUGAUGAUGAAGGAGAUUAUGAACUUGAAGAUGGAGGCGAUGAAGAAACUGGUGGAGAGCCUGGAUAGUGCCUUUUUUUGGCGAACAAACCAGGCAUUUGACGCAAUGGAUGAAUUGAAGACGAUGGAGAAGAUGUUGGAUUUGGAGCAGGAAUCGGAUAAACUGAUGAUGAAGGAGAUUAUGAACUUGAAGAUGGAGGUGCUGAAGAAACUGGUGGAGAGCCUGGUGAAGAACCUGGGUUGUCAUAGUUAUUUUUCAUUUGGAACAGACCAGGCAUUUGACGCAAUGGAUGAAUUGAAGACGAUGGAGAAGAUGUUGGAUUUGGAGCAGGAAUCGGAUAAACUGAUGAUGAAGGAGAUUAUGAACUUGAAGAUGGAGGUGAUGAAGAAACUGGUGGAGAACCUGGGUUGUCAUAGUUCCCUUUCGUCGGGAACAGACCAGGCAUUUGACGCAAUGGAUGAAUUGAAGACGAUGGAGAAGAUGUUGGAUUUGGAGCAGGAAUCGGAUAAACUGAUGAUGAAGGAGAUUAUGAACUUGAAGAUGGAGGUGAUGAAGAAACUGGUGGAGAGCCUGGUGAAGAACCUGGGUUGUCAUAGUUAUUUUUCAUUUGGAACAGACCAGGCAUUUGACGCAAUGGAUGAAUUGAAGACGAUGGAGAAGAUGUUGGAUUUGGAGCAGGAAUCGGAUAAACUGAUGAUGAAGGAGAUUAUGAACUUGAAGAUGGAGGUGAUGAAGAAACUGGUGGAGAACCUGGGUUGUCAUAGUUCCCUUUCGUCGGGAACAGACGAGCCAUUUGACGCAAUGGAUGAAUUGAAGUCGAUGGAGAAGAUGUUGGAUUUGAAGCAGGAAUCGGAUAAACUGAUGAUGAAGGAGAUUAUGAACUUGAAGAUGGAAGUGCUGAAGAAACUGGUGGAGAGCCUGGUGCCGUUCCUUGUAUCAGACCAUUACUCCUCGAGUCCAAUCGAGCAAAUAAUGGCUGAAUUGGACAAGAAGCAGAAGAUUUUGGAUUUGUUGCAGGAUUCGGAUACACCGAAUAUGAAGGAGAUUAAGAAGUUAAAGAAGAAGGUGGAGGGGAUGAAGAACCUGAAGUCGUUUUUGCGGGUCUUGGAUUUGCCUAAAUGGGACUGGAUGAUAAAGCGUCCGUUGGUGGAGAACAUGAUCUUUGCGACAAAGCAAAAAUUGAGGUGUGAAAAAAGAAAGGCUUUAUUAACAAAAAACAGUGUGUAUUCCAAGAAAGGCCGUAGCUACUCGGAGACAUGUUUGUCCAAGAAGAAGACGUAUUCCAAACUGAAUUGUGGCUAUUCUGACGUGUUUUUAUCAACAGAUGACAAUGCGUGCUCAGAGCGAGUUUGUAAUUUUUCGAUACAAAUUAGUAAAGGUAAACGACCACUCGCUCCCGCUUCUUAUUCAAGAAACGGGGUCGUUUACAAGGCAAAAAAGCGAAAUUCGUGCACGGAGCAAUUACAAGGAUGGACAGGAAUAACAGUGAUAUAUUUGAAGAUAUUUUUCAAGAUAAACUACCAAAUUUGGAUAUUCUUUAUGGCCACCUAUUUAGUGAUACUGAAGAUCCUUCAGUUCAAGACAACAUUGCAGCCCAAGAGAAUCCACUUUUUGACGGAUUGUCAACUCUCAUUGAGAACGUCGGGGUUGAAACGGCAGAUUUUUUAGCUGAAAACAACGACGCAGAACAAAAAUUGCUAGAAGAAAUUCUACACGAACUUUUUUGGCAAAAUUUUAAAGAUUUGCUUGGUACAAUAGAAGAACCUGAUCAAGUCUUCCAUGAACAAUUUAUGAAUCUGACAACAAUGUCAGAAGAGUCAAAUAUGAACUCUUUUAACACUGAACCUACAACUGACAAUAUAGCCUCGGAACCCAACAGAGGAACUCUAGAAUCCAUCGGCAAACUUGAUAAUACAACUACGGUAUCUAAUGUUACCCCAGAUACCCCUUACAGUACUGAUUCAGGCGUAUUUGCGGGUUGUUUAACCCGCAGCAUCACUCAUCCGAGUCUUAAAAGCAGUACAAUCUCUCUACACAGUGCAGGUGAAUCUCCUCCCCUCCUCGGAAACAAACUUAUCACCAUUGUGAAUCCUGGCAGCAGAAAGAGACCCUUUGAAGAAGACAUUGAACCUAUCGAAGCAGUUUUCCCUGUGUCGAAGAAGAGAAUGGAACAACCCUGUUGCUCUAGAGAUAUAGAAGAGAGAGUACAUCCUGUGUCUUCAAGUGGAGCUUCAUCUGUGGAAGAAAGAUUAAAUCCUGUGUCUUCAAGUGGAGUUUCAUCUGUGGAAGAAAGAUUAAAUCCUGUGUCUUCAAGUGGAGCUUCAUCUGUGGAAGAAAGAUUAAAUCCUGUGUCUUCAAGUGGAGUUUCAUCUGUGGAAGAAAGAAUACUUCCUGUGUCCUCAAGUGGAGCUUCAUCUUUGGCACAACCCCAUGGCAGAACAAAUCGUGUUCGCGGUCCGUCAAGAGAAGCUCGUUUGAAUCAACAAGAAAAUCAGCUUGUAACAGAAAAUCAAGAUUUGAAAGCCCAGGUGCAGGAGUUGUUGAGACAGAUCGAGUUCCUGAGGAACUACAUAGUCAGUAAAUUAAAAGGUCAGUGUUAUUAUUGUGAAAAAUGAUCAAAAUUAGAAAUUUCUCGAAGUUUCUGUGUAAAACACCCAUUUGUUUCUUUUCCAUGAUAACGUAUAGAAUAAGAAUAAAAUAGAAAAAAAUAUCGUCAGCUUGAUUAUAGCCACACUAGCGAGUAUAUAUAAAGCUAAAAGCUGAUUUAAGCUGUUUUCAGAGUGAUUUCAGAGUGAUAUUUGGAACUGGUCAUAAAGUAUCUGGUCGAGAGAAAUUUGAAUUAGCCGAAUAGUUUGAUAUUUUAGUACGGCUCCAAUUUUCUCGGCUGUUUCCUACGGUUGUUUUACACUUUUAGUCAUUUUUUGUUUCUUAACGAAUCGCUUUCACAUCGUCAUAGUGAUGCUUGUUUCAUAUCGUGUUUUCUGUAUGACUCUCUGCUGUAUUUUCUGUAAAACACGAGGGUCUUGUGGGAAAACUUUUCUCGGAUCAAUAUUUGUGGCUUCCAACAACUUUUGCAAACAGAUGUCUUUCUCGUUUUUUUAUUCUGUCUGUUAUUACUUACCCACUAUAACCAAAUUUUUGUCGCAUUCUUAACGACAAAAUAUAUUUUAAUUCACUACUUCCCAAUGCUAGCUCUUUAUAGCCACUUUAUCAGCCCAGUGAAUAUGCAUCAAGGUAACAUAGUGGGAUAUUUACUUGUUUCAGUUUUCUUUGAUUUGACCCAAAAAACCCUCAUUCUUGUGGUUGAAACAUGCUUCUCUGGUUGUCGUACGUCCAUCAUAGUUCUGUUAGCGCAAUUUCUCGGUUUUUCUUUCAAUGGUUUGGUGAACAUUUUUCUUUGAAUAUCAUGAAUUUCUGCUUUAGUACUUCGUCUCUUGAAGGUUUUUUUUUACAAAGACGCAUUUUUACAAAUUAUUUUAAUGGCACAAUUCGUUCUGCUCUAAAACUUUGUGUUUAUCGCCAGCAUUCUGUGCUGUGAGCGACCAUGAGCUUUUUUUCUUUUCAUUUCCUUUUCACAAUCAUCGGCUUUUUCAAGUUUUGGAAUACGCUCUCAACGUAUUUCAGCAAAUUACUUUAUGACCAACCCCUAGUUGUAGAUCACUCGUAAAAGAUACAUGCAGGGUUCGUACAGGAAUAGAAAGUCCUUGAAUAAAUUUAUGGAGAAGCAUUUAAAAG